GGCGCGUUGCUGUCAGUCACAGCAGGUAACACUGUUGAACGUCACAUCCACAUCCAGCUCUGCGCCUCGUUCGCUGGGUCUUCUUGUUAGUAUGUGAGGAUGUCCAAGCUCCAGGGGACUGACGGCGGCUUGACCUUGCCGAGGAGUCUCCGACAAGUGGCGGCCGACUUGGUCACCGGCGAUGCGAACACCGAGCUUCGCGCGGCGGUCGAGGAGCUGAGCCUGGAGGAGAUCCUGGGUCUGUUCAACCAGCCGUGUAACGAAGAGCAAGCCUGGGCCGUCUGCUACCAGAGCUGCGUGGCUCUGCUGCGGACCUCCAGGCGGAUCGAGGGGCCGGAAGAGGUCCGAAUCCGCCGAGAUGGAACCGUGUACCUGCACUUCCAAGACAAGACUGAUGGAUACAAGUCAACAGCAACCGUGUUAGAGGUUAUCGACUCCCUGGGUGUCAUGAUCUAUAAGGCUCUGGACUACGGCCUCAGUGAAAAUGAAGAACGUGAACUCAGUGCCCCGCUGGAACACUUGAUCCAGUUGAUGACCAACUCACAAGACAGUGAAAGUGACACCUUCCCUGAUGAGGGUUAUGAAGCUGUGGAGAAAGAGGAUGAAGAAACUGAGGAGGAGGAGGAGGAGGAUGCCUCUUUACCGUCCAACAUCACACAAAAACCAAUCAACAAGAUUUCCAGCUUCAAAGACGUCAUUGCGCUUUGUUCUUCCCACCUGAUCAACCCAUCAGACGCCUCCAACCACUACCAGGCCGUGUGCCGGGCUCUUUUCGCCGAGUCUCUGGAGCUACGCACUUUUUUGGAGAACAUCUCAAGCGCUAAGGAGAACCUGCAGAAAAUGGAGACUCAGGUGGACUCUGCUGAAAACCUCAAUAUGCUAAAUAGUUCUGAUUGGGCGCUGUUCUGGGGCCAGGUGAUGCGUGAUCUCAGGAAUGGAGUCAAAUUAAGGAAAGUGAGCAGCCAGCAUUACGCUCCUGAACCCAUCGAAUACCAGCUCACACCGUACGAGAUGCUGAUGGAUGACAUUCGCUCCAAACGUUACAAGCUGCGAAAAGUCAUGGUGAAUGGAGAUAUUCCGCCCCGGUUAAGGAAAAGUGCUCAUGAGAUCAUCCUGGAAUUCAUCAGGUCACGACCUCCGCUCAAACCUGUAUCAGCCCGCAAAAUGAAACCUCAACCAGUGCGACCGCAGAGCCUCCAUGAGCGCCUCCUGGAGGACAUCAGAGCUGAUCGGCAGCUCAGGCCCACGACGGCAGAGAUGAUCCGCCGUCACCGUUUGGUCAUGCGACCUCUUAGCACGUCGCGCAGCUUUGACUCAUCAGGCGGUGGGAAGAGUUUCAGCUCGCAGCAGUUGUCCACCCAACCUCUGUUUCUUCUCGAUCGUGUUCAAGAAGAGAUCCGAGCAGGAAGCUGGAGGCUCAGGCCUGUCUCACCCACAGUAACCCGGAAAACCCGUUUGGGUGCUGGGAAAAGUAUAAGUACUCCUCAGGAUUUGUACCGCAGCUUAGACGCCACAGAUGCACCUAUUAAGCUUCCCGUCAGCUCUCCGUCGGAAGGCGGCCCCUCAGGACCCCCAGAAAGUAGCGGGCAGCUGCUCGGCCAGAGACGAAAGUUGCUGAAGGCGCCCGCUCUCUCUGAAAUGGAAAGCUUUGACUCAGAUGAGGAUUUGUCGUGCAGCACUCCCGUCAUAGCAAAGACAGCCCCAAAGGUUCUUCCAGUGUUCUCCACCCCUCAACCAGAUAAACGCCAGUCGCCGCAGAGGCGUCUGCCUUCAGAGCCGAGGAGCUAUCGCACCGUUUCGUCAUUUACUCCUCCAUCAAGGCAGAACUCCAAGUCUCUGGAGGAGUUCUGCUAUCCAUCCACGCUGACAGUGGAGGAGGUGAUGCACAUCAGACAGGUUCUGGUCAAGGCAGAGCUUGAGAGAUAUCAGCACUAUGAGGACAUCUACAAGUCCCUCAAGGAAGGAAAGCUUUGCUUUUCGUGUCGGACAAAGCGCUUCUCCCUGUUUACCUGGUCGUACCCUUGUCAGUUCUGCAAAAGUCAUGUCUGCUCCCAGUGCUGCAAGAAGAUGAAGCUUCCGUCGAAGCCCUAUUGCACAUUGCCCUUCUACACUUUGGGUUCUCCCGAGCUGGCCAAAGAGGCGUGUCAGGCGGCGGAGAUGAAGAGGCAGCCCUUCCAGCGGUCGACAGACGACAACAGGAACUCCAUUCGAAGGAGUGUUCACAGGUUCACCAGACAAAGCACGGACAGUGAGGAAAGUCGCCCGGCGGUGGAACCCGAGCUGCCCAAGGAACUGACUAUAGACUGGGUCUCCACGAAUGUGUGUUUGGAAUGUAAGAAGUUCAUCACUGACAUCAUCUUCUCCAGCAAGAGGAACAUGUGCGUGGCCACCAAAAGAGCCCGGAUCACUCGCAAGUCUCACUCUUUCUACAUGCCCUCGUCCAGCUCCAUCAACUUCAGGCCUUCCGAGCAAACCAUCAGCGAGGUCUGAUUCUGACCCUGAUAUUUUUCAUCCCUGAGCCCAGAGAUGAAGUCCCCAAGCCUUGCUCUCAGGUUAAGAAGGCCCCCUGCUGGUCGUAAGGAAACUAGUUUCACAUUUCCCUUCUUGAUUCUAGAACUCAGGAAAAGAAACGCAGAUUGUCUUCUGCCCAGAUGCACUACAGAGCCCCCGCUAAGCUUUAGAUCAAGAAUCAGGGUGACCCAUUUCACACCGCUGGCAAACACUGCACCCGACUAAACAUUGUUUUCAAGUAACAAAAUAAGCAGCUCAUACUUGUGACUCUGAUGGUUUAAUGUCCCGACAGAGUCAUAGGAUAAGAUAUUCCAGAGUUCACAGGUUUUGAAAAAUGGGCUUGUGAGUCUCUUGAGGUUUAACUUAUCUUGUUCCUUCGUGGUUUCUAUUGCCAGCAGUUGAAGAGUUGUGUCAUGUGAAGGCCAAAACUACCCACGUUUCUAAUGGGCCCAAAUGCUAAUCCAAGCAUUCCAAACAAACCCUACACGUCCUCAGGAAGAAAACCAGUUUCAGCGACUGUGGGCAGUCUGGAAAGUUUUUGCUACGUUUUGUAUUCAUUUUUAAAGCAAUAUUUGAUCAUUUUGACCACUUACAGAAUGUUGACAAAAGCAGUUCUCCCUGGAAUGUUGCCAUUUUGAACCGACAGAAAUUGAUACUAAACAAAUGUAUAGUUGUAAAUGAUUGUGAGAACUCCACUGCCACCUUAACCUUCACAAAAUCUACACAAGUCGCAUGAUUUGCUUGAAGGCUCAGUCAGUCCAAGGCCAGUUUCACAAGCUCUAGUAAUGCACACUGCUGGUGAUUCUGAGCACUGGUGUGAACAAUGCAUUUUAUUUCUCUUCCAGCAACAACUAUGCCAAAUGUAAUAUCAGCGAUAUGUUUCUUCAUAUGUGCCAGUUGCCAAAAUGUAAUAUUUCGAUUGUCUUUUUUGGAGUUACUUGUCUAAUGGUUUUAAGUAAUAUAUGUUUCACGUUGAAGACUUUGAAUGUGUAAAUAUUGUGUAUACAUUCUUAUUUAAUUUGUGUUGUAAAGUAAAGCAUUUCCUCUGGAUUAUAAUUUUGUCCCGUUUGAAUAGAAAUGCUUAUUUUAGAUGCCUUUCAUUUGGAAUGUUCUGAUUACAUUGUGAGAUUUUGAAAUAAAGU